GAAUUCAGUGGAGCCGCGCAGGCCAGAGCCUGGAGCCGGCGAGGAGGGGCGGGCAGAGGGGCCUCCUCCUUGUGGGUGGGCUCGGGCUGGGGAGACCACGGAAAGCUCAGCGGAAGUUCAGAGCCCGCGCCCUCUCCUGGCGCCCGCCCCUCCCGCGCAGGCCGGCGCCGUCUUCGGGGUGCAGGGUCCCCGCCCGCUCCCCCCGUCCUAGGUCUUACUGCGGGUACCGAUGCGAGGACGGUGCCCCUCCACGGCGCCACUCCGGCGUGAAGCUCAGCCCGCCCCUUUGCCCCCUGCAGACUCGGCCUUGGGUUGGGACGGGGUGGGGAGCGCAGGGCACCCCCUCCUCAGGCCCCUCGGAGGAUGCCCGCGUGCAGGCAGGGGAAGGGGCUCCCCACCUUCCCUCGUGGCGGCCGCCCCACUCCCUGGCCUCCCGGCCAGGGCUCCCCCGGGUCAGACACCCUCGGCCUCUCCUCGGAGAGGGCAGGGGGAUGCGGAAAAAUGCUGGUCCCCUCCCCUCGGGCCGUGGCUUUCGCUUUCACUUCCUCCCGCGCGGGUGGCCGGAUCGGAGGUGCGCGGGGACCAUGGCGCUGCUGGAGCUGUGCGGAGCCCGGCGUGGGCGGCGGCCCGGCUGGGCUGCGCCCGCGGUGGGGGGCGCGCGGAGCUCGGACCUGGGACACUACGGGUUCUCUGCGCGAGCCCGGGAGCUCGCCUUCCCCAGGGCAGUGCAGCCCGCUGAGUUCUCAGCACCCCCGGGUGGGGACGGAGAAAGGAACGUUCGGAUUGAGCUGGCGCACGGCACGACCACGCUGGCCUUCAAGUUCCAGCAUGGAGUGAUUGUGGCUGUGGACUCUCGGGCCACAGCGGGGAGUUACAUCUCUACCGUAGGGAUAAACAAGGUGAUCGAGAUCAACCCUUACCUGCUGGGCACCAUGUCUGGCUGCGCGGCCGACUGUCAGUACUGGGAGCGUCUGCUAGCCAAGGAGUGCAGGCUGUACUACCUGCGGAAUGGGGAGCGGAUCUCAGUGUCGGCCGCCUCCAAGCUGCUGGCCAACAUGGUGUCCCAGUACCGGGGCCUGGGCCUGUCCAUGGGCAGCAUGAUCUGUGGCUGGGACAAGAAGGGCCCGGGACUCUACUAUGUGAACGAAGAGGGGACUCGGCUGUCAGGACACCUGUUCUCCACCGGCAGUGGGAACACUUAUGCCUAUGGGGUCCUGGACAGUGGCCACCGGCCUGACCUCAGUCCUGAAGAGGCCUAUGACCUCGGCCGCAGGGCUGUUGUUUAUGCCACUCACAGAGACAGCUAUUCUGGAGGCGUUGUCAAUAUGUACCACAUGAAGGAAGACGGCUGGGUGAAAGUGGAAAGUACGGAUGUCAGCGACCUGCUGUACCAGUACCAGGAGGCCAGUCAGUAACAGUGGCCCAUGCAGGCCUCUUCUGGUGGGAGAGCCACCAGUCAGGAACCUGGGCCACGUUAAGUCUCAGCACGAAACAGAAUGGCCCAGUGGCUGGUGGUGAGGGGCCAUGUUCUCCCAUUUCUGCGCUCUCCUUUCCAUGAGCAUCUCCCCUGGGGCCUUCAGGUGCCCCUAAGCACAAUAAAGGAAAACGGUUAAAAAUG